GUAUUUUGAAUAAAAGUGGGUGAAGAAAAGUGAAAAAAUCAAGUUAAGUUUUACAUUGAUGCUCAGUUAAGUCACUUUUUUUAGAGGGGGCAAUUUGGGGGAGGAGCCAGUCCGCGGGGUCAGCUUUUGGUUGAAAUUGAGUGAAAUUAUGAGUAGCCCACCCCUUCACCUAACAAGCCCCCCUCCUCCUGCCUCUCCUCGCCUGCAUCAUGCUGGAGACCCCGUCGAGAGGAUCUUUUCUCUAUAAAGAGAAGAUGCGCCUCUGAGAGGAGCGCACGGAUUUUAACAGCGCGCGUCUCCAGGACUGAACACACUCUCUCAGGUGGACUCGGGGACUUUCCCAGACCGAACCAACACCUUCAGCCCUGCAGGUCCUGCAGAGGACGAAUGUGAGCAUCUUUUUUUUUUUUUUAAUAUCCCGCGCGCGUCGCAGCCACUCAGCGCAUUUGUGAGAGGGAGCGCGAGGACAGAUGGCUGCGCUCACGAUACAAAGAACUGACAACUUUUUGCACACCUUUUUGCAGGAUCGCACUCCCAGCUCCUCUCCGGAAGGAGCGCCCAACGCUCUCUCCUUCCUGGCCACCACCUGCAGCCAGGCUUGGCAGGUGGGAGGCACCAUGGGCUCAGAAGGCUCCCAGUUCCCCUAUGAAGGCACAGUCAGCUCCACUUCUGGAAUGUUUCAGCUCUGGAGCAACGACAUGGCCCCCAGCACGGCCCUCAGCACGCACCAGAUGACCUUCUCCAUGCCCAAGGUGCAGUUCCCCGGACACAUGCAGUCUGGCCUGAGUCAUCAUCACCACCACCACCACCACCAUCCCCAUCACCACCACCAUGAGCUACCUCUCACCCCUCCAGCGGAGCCUGCGUCGUCCUACUCCUUUGAACUCUCCCCUGUUAAAAUGCUGUCCUCCCAGCCACAGGCCAGCAGCCCCUAUUAUCCUCAGCACAACACCGUAGGACAGAACUUCCCCAGCUUCCUGCAGAAUUCUUCCGCCCGCCAUCACCUGUCUGGAGGUCACGUGGAGGAAGGACAGCAGUGGUGGAGCUUGCCCCAGAGCAACACCACCCCUUCCAGUCAUCCCUUCACCCUGGGCCGACAGCUGGUUUUGGGUCACCAACCGCAGAUCGCCGCCCUUCUCCAGGGCACCUCCAAGGGUCUGCUGAGCUCCACUCGCCGCUGUCGCCGCUGCAAGUGCCCCAACUGCCAGGCGAACGGUGGGGGGUUGGAGUUUGGGAAAAAGAGGCUUCACAUCUGUCACAUCCCCGAGUGCGGCAAAGUGUACAAGAAGACCUCUCACCUGAAGGCGCACCUGCGCUGGCACGCCGGGGAGAGGCCCUUCAUCUGCAACUGGCUGUUCUGCGGCAAAAGCUUCACCCGCUCCGACGAGCUUCAGCGGCACCUGCGCACACACACCGGGGAGAAGCGCUUCGGGUGUCAGCAGUGUGGCAAAAGGUUCAUGAGGAGCGAUCACCUCUCCAAGCACGUCAAGACCCACCAGACCAGGAAGGGCCGGUGUGGGCAGCCGGCACAAAGCACAGAGCCUCUGCUCACCAACAUCAAGAGAGAGUAACCUCUGUGGCUCUUCAUUCACCGAUGAUCAGCAACAAAGACCAGACUGUGGGACUCACUUACUGCUAUAGGUUUGCACUAACGGGAAAAGCUCCCCUCAAAUGUUUUUGCUCAUCAAAGUUUUGCUUUUAAAUUUGUAGUUCAAUAAAAAAAAAAGUGAAUUAUAUGAGUAAAACAAGUGUGCUGUUAAAAGCAAUGCACCUUCAAAGGAAGCCUUUUCUUCAGUGAUAUUGUUCAGCAGCUUUCAGUGUAACCGUAAAAAAAAUUAAAAUUCUUCCCUUAAACUGAUGUAAGAAAUAUAUAUUUUUUUAAACUACAUCAUGUAAAUAUUUGAUCAAUGUGAACCUUUAAUUUUGCGGGGAGAAAAUGUUUGUUGACAUCAGGUGGGUAGUUGGUUUAUUAGAGACAAAUGCCAACUUUGCUAAAAAAAAAAUAAUAAUAAUAAUAAUAAUAAUAAUAAUUAGAAAACACCUGCUAACAUUUUCUGCUAUUUCAGGAAAAAAAGCUGAUUUAUUUUUUUGAUCUCGGGAUUCUCAGCCUAAUUAGCAAACAUUUUAAUUACGAAAGGUCUUUGUAAAUACUGUACCAAUAUGAUUUUAUUUGGGUUUUAACAGCAUGUACAUUUUAAUAAACAUUCUCAUGGAAAACA